AUGUGCUUGAUCGUGGGGAAACAUAAUCCUGGGUGGUUUGGAGCAAUUCCAGAGUCGGAGGCAGCACACGCGAAGGACCGCCCUCCGCGGACGCUAGCAGGCGAAUAUGGUUCUUCCCUUCAUCUUCAUCCGAGGGGGUCCCCCCUGCGAAUCAUCAACGAAGAUGGGAAACCCGGUCACAAGCAGUUCUACUUUGUUGAGGCGGACGAGGAGCAUCAGGUGUGGCUCUGCUGGAGGUCGGGCUUCAUCCCGCGCAAGCACAGGAUCCAGGUCCUGACGACGCCACGUGUCGAAGAGGCGAAGGACGAAGAGGAGCGCGCGCACAUCAUCAUCAAAACCCCGGACGGUGACAUGACCCUCGAGGCGCCCAAAGACAAGGAGUUGUUUGAGCUGUGGACACGUAAGCUGACGGAGUUGGUGGAAGACCAGGCGGCGCUACAGGCGGGCGCGCGCGCGAGCGAGAAACUAGAAGCGGGGGGCGCGGGGAAAAGCGCAGCAAUAGCUUAAGCUUACGUAUUUUAUGGAAGACCAGGCAAGCGGCGCUGCAGGCGGGCGCGCGCGAGAGCGAGGAACUAGAGGCGGGAGGCGCGGCCGCGGAGGGCGCAGGGAAGAGCGCAGCAGUAGCUUAAGCUGACAGAGUUGGUCGAAGACCAGGCGGCGCUACAGGCGGGCGCGCGCGCGAGCGACAAACUAGAAGCGGGAGGCUGAUCGAGGGUGCAGGAAAGAGCGCAGCAGUAGCUUAAGCUGACGGAGUUGGUCGAGGAACGGCCGUGCCGCCCUACAUAGAGGCGGGGGCCGGGUGGGCGCGGGCGCGAGGAUGUGUUUUCAAAGCGUGCGGGACACCACUUAAGUCAGAAAGAUUUGACGGUACGUCGAGGGUUGCGUCGAUCCAAGGCGCGGAUGUGGGUGCCGGGGCAUCAGUGGGUGCGUACGUCAACUUUGAUUCAUGGCGCGCAUUGUGAUCACUUUUCAAGUUCAAGUGAAUAUGAU